UCCGGUGGGGCGCCGCCGCGCUGGGUGUCGCGCCCGGGAUUCCGGAGCUGACGUGGCUCAGAUUUGGGAGGGGUGCAGCUGGAGUCCCCCGCGGCAGCCUCCGCCAGUAAUGCUGAGUCGAUUGUCAGGAUUGGCAAAUGUUGUUUUACAUGAAUUAUCAGGUGAUGACACUGAUCCGAAUAUGACGACUUCUAUGGACACUGAAUUACCUCAAGAAUCUGACAUGGAGUUAAAUAAUACAUCACAGCAAGAUGUUUUGGAACGCCUGGCAUAUUCAGAGCAGUUGCUGGUAGAGCUCAAAGAAUUAAUUAGAGAGAAGGAUAUUCAGCUGCAACAGAAGGAUGAAACUCUCCAGGAAGAAAGAAAAUCUGCUGAUAACAAAAUAAAAAAGCUAAAACUUCAUGCUAAGGCCAAACUAACUUCUUUGAACAAAUGCAUAGAAGAAAUGAAGGCACAAGGAGGAACUGUUCUACCUAUAGAACCUCAUUCAGAGGAGCUACUUCCCAAGCUUGACAAGAGUUCUACAGAAGAGAUGGAAGUAGAAAAAUUGAAACUUAAACUCCAGGAGAAGGAGGAACUCAUUAGCUGCUUGCAAGACCAACUUGCCCAGGCACAAGCAGAGCAAGCAACACAGUUUAAUAAGAGUUCCACAGAAAUGGAAGAACUUGUAAUGAUGAAACAACAGCUCCAAGAGAAGGAAGAACUCAUUGGCACUUUGCAAGCCCAGCUCAGCCAAACACAGGCUGAACAAGCUGCUCAGUUGAGUUCCAUGCAGCAGGUGGUCCGAGAGAAAGAUGCCCGCUUUGAAACACAAGUUCGUCUUCAUGAAGAUGAGCUUCUUCAGUUAGUAACCCAGGCAGAUGUGGAAGCAGAGAUGCAACAGAAAUUGAGGGUACUGCAGAGGAAGCUUGAAGAACAUGAAGAAGCCUUGUUGGGCCGUGCUCAGGUUGUGGACUUACUGCAACAGGAGCUGACUACUGCUGAACAGCGAAACCAGGUUCUUUCUGAGCAGUUACAGCAAAUGGAAGCUGAACAUACUGCUUUAAGGAAUGUUGUGGAAUCAGAAAGACAGGAGUCCAAGAUUCUGAUGGAAAAGAUGGAACUUGAAAUGGCAGAAAAAAAAUUAUCCUUGCAUAACCUGCAGGAAGAAAUGCAUCAUCUUCUGAAACAGCUUGAGCAAGCUGGCCAAGCACAGGCUGAACUACAGUCCCAGUACAAUGAUUUGGAGAUAAAGCACAAAGAAGAAUUAGAAGAGAAGACUUCCCACAUUUUAAGUCUUCAAAAGACUGAACAAGAACUGCACUCUGCCUAUGAUGCUCUAAAAAUUGAAAACUCAAAAAUUCUCCAAGAACAGCAUGAACAGGAAGUUCAUUCAGCCCAGUCCAUGAAGCAGCUGGAAGAGCAACUCCAGCAAAAGUCUGAAGAAAUUAGCCAGUUACUGAAUAAACCAACCGUGGGAAGCUAUGAAAUAGCUUCUCAGACUUCUUCCCCAGAUGUCUGCAGUGAGGGCACUCAGGCAUACUCUGAAGAGGAUCUUACCUUUUUGCAGAAGCGUGUGGUAGAAUUGGAGAAUGAAAAUGGAGCUUUGCUUCUUAGUUCUAAAGAGCUAGAGGAACUGAAAGCUGAGAAUGAAAAACUGUCUUCUCAAAUUACUUUCCUGGAGGCUCAGAAUAAAGUUUCAGAGUCAAAUAAAGAACUAAGUGAGAUCAACAUAGUUGAUGUUAGCAAGCUUGCUAAGGGAAGUUUUCCUAUGGAAGAAAGUGGACAAGAUAUAUUUGAAAACACAUUUUCUCAGAAACAUAAGGAACUAUCAGUUUUAUUGUUGGAAAUGAAAGAAGCUCAAGAAGAGAUUGCAUUUCUUAAAUUGCAGCUCCAGGGCAAAAGACCUGAGGAUGACCCCGAGAUCCUUAACCAAAAAGAGAUGAAACAGACUGAGAGUGAAGGAAUAUUGCUUGAAGGUACGGGGCAUCAUUUUUCCCCGAUGCCAGAUGCUGACAGCAGUCUUCCAGAAUCUGAAAAAGAAGAGCAGAUAAACACUAAAUAUCAAAGUAGAACAUCUGAAGAAAUACCUUUAACUGAUGCUGGAAUGGAAUUGAAAUCAACAAAGCAGGAUGAAUUUAAUAAGCCCCCUUCAGAUUUAUCAAGUAUUUGUCAGUGUCACCAGGAUGAAUUGGAAAGACUAAAAGAUCAAAUUUUGGAACUUAGUAAGGCAGAAGAAAUCUAUGAGAAAAACUUAGAUGAGAAAGUAAAGGAGAUAAGCAGCAUGUCCCAGCAGAUAGAAGAGCUUAAGGAUAAUGCUGAAAAAGCCAACAGUGCACUUACUGCUUUAUCUGAAGAAAAAGACCAGCUUCUUUCUCAAGUGAAGGAACUUAGUAUAAUAGGAGAGCUGAGGGCUCAGGUACAAGAGCUGGAAAUGAACCUUGAAAAAUCAGAAAGUCAAAGAAGACUUGACUAUGAAAGUCAAACAGCUCAUCACAACUUGCUUACAGAACAGAUUCACAGUCUUAACAUAGAAGCCAAAUCCAAGGAUGUGAAAAUUGGAGUUUUACAGAAUGAACUAGAUGACAUGCACCUUCAAUUUACUGAGCAAAGUACACUAAUAACAGACCUUCAGAGCCAGCUUCAAAAGAAGGAAAGCGAAGUACUUGAAAGAGAAGAACAUGUUAAGGACAUCUCAAAUAAGGUAGAAGAACUUUCACAGACCCUUUCACAGAAGGAACUGGAAAUAGUAAAGAUGGACCAACUCUUACUAGAGAAGAAGAAAGAUGUGGAAACUCUCCAACAAACCAUUGAAGAGAAGAAUCAACAAGUCACAGAAAUCAGCUUUAGUAUGACUGAGAAAAUGGUUCAGCUUAAUGAAGAGAAGUUUUCUCUUGGGAUUGAAAUUAAGACUCUAAAAGAACAGCUCAAUUUAUUAUCUAGAGCUGAAGAAGCCAAAAAAGAGCAGGUGGCAGAAGAUAAAGAAGUUUUUCCUGACAAACAGAAUAGUGAGGAAUUGAAUUCAGAAGGGCUAAUCAUAAGUAAAGAAGAAUUACAGCGCGAAUUAGAACUUGUAAAGAAAGAAAGUGAGCAGAGAAAAAGAAAACUCCAUGCAGCUCUUAUUAAUAGGAAGGAACUUCUACAAAGAGUUAGCAGAUUAGAAGAAGAGUUGGCCAAAGUGAAAGGUGAAUCUAGGAGUGAGAUUUCAGUCAGUGAGAUUGAGAAAAGGGAGGUGGAGGGAGAUAAAGAAAACAAAGAAGACUCAGAAAAAUGUAUGGCUUCUAAGUGUCAAGAAAAAGAAAUUUCUUUACAGCAGGCUCUGUCUAAAAAAGAAAUGGAACUCGAACACAUAAGGAAGAAUUUAGAAGAAAAGCUAGCAGCUGAGGAACAAUUACAGGCUGUGGUCAAAGAGAUGAGUCAGAACUUGCAAGAGAAGACAAACCAAAUAGAUUUGCUCCAGGCAGAAAUUGUUGAAAACCAAGCAGUUAUACAAAAGUUAGCUGCAGGUAAGGAGAAUGCAGGUGAUGGGGGUUUAGCAACACCUGUAAAAGAAACAGCAACAGUCAGUCCGAUAGAGGCAGGUAGUAGAGAACACUGGCAACCGGAACUGGAAGGUAAAAUAAUGAAUCUUGAAAAAGAAAAGGAGCAGCUUCAAAAGAAGCUACAGGAAGUGUUAGUCUCUCGCAAAGUGAUUCUAAAAAAAGCACAGGAGAAAGAAAAACAUCUUAGGGAGGAGCUGAAGCAACAGAAAGAUGACUACAAUCACUUGCAAGAACAGUUUGAUAUGCAAAGCAAGGAAAAUGAGAAUAUACGACACCAGCUAAGCCAACUUCAGAUUCAAGUAAAAGAGUUUACAGACAGAAAAGUCUUAGACACUGAACAACAGGAGCCAGGAUCUCUCACUCAAGGGUUAGAAGAACCUUUAUUCAAAGCUUCAGAGCAGCAGCUUGCCCAGCCAGAGUCCAGUUUAUGCCCAGACUGGCCUUCUAAUCCAGGAGGUGCAAGUACCCUGGAGGGUAAUAAUCUUAUUGCCCAAAUUAAGACACAACUCAAAGAAGUAGAGACUGAGAAAGGGGAGCUGGAAUUGAAACUUAAUUCUACAACAUGCGAACUUACAAAAAAAUCAGAAGAGAUAUUUCAGUUACAAGAUCAAUUAAAUAAACAAUGUUUAGAAAUAGAAAGCAUGAGGAUAGCAGCCCAUGAAGCUGAGGCCCAGGCUGAAAGCCUGAGGCAGAGAUUGGAAAGCUGUCAACUAGAAAUUACUGAGUUAGCACAUUUAAGAGAACUACAGCCUGAGCUCAGUGAACUGAGAAAGCUCAUAGACACGAAGGAAAAAGAAGCUAGAUGCCUUUCUGAACAACUUAGUGAGAAAAAAGCAGUUCUUACUCAAAUGCAGUCAGAGAUAACAGAACAAGAAGAUUUAAUUAAGGCUCUUCAUACCCAGUUGGAAAUGCAAGCUAAGGAGCAUGAAGAGAAGAUGAAGCAGUUACAGGUGGAACUUUGUGAAAUGAAGCAAAAAGCAGAUGAGGUUGGAGAAGGAAAUAAAGCAAACCAACAGAUACAAAGAAAACUACAAGCUGCUCUUAUUUCCAGAAAAGAAGCACUGAAAGAAAACAAAAAUCUCCAAGAGGAGUUGUCUUUGGCUCGAGAUACCAUUGAAAGCCUUACCAGGUCUCUGGCAGAUGCGGAAGUCCAGGUUACUGCUCAAAAUAAAGAAAAAGAUACCAUUUUAGGGACCUUAGCUCUUCUUCAGGAAGAAAGAGACAAACUCAUUACAGAAAUGGACAGAUCUUUAGUGGAAAAUCAAAGUCUCAGUGGCUCUUGUGAAAGUCUGAAAUUAGCUUUAGAGAAUCUUACCGAAGACAAAGAAAAGUUAGUGAAGGAAGUAGAAUCUUUGAAAUGUUCUAAGAUAGCAGAAAGCACUGAAUGGCAGGAGAAGCACAAAGAAUUACAAAAAGAAUAUGAAAUUCUUCUUCAGUCCUAUGAGAAUGUUAGUAAUGAGGCAGAAAGGAUCCAGCACGUGGUGGAAAAUGUAAGGCAAGAGAAGCAAGAGUUAUAUGCUAAGUUGAGAAACACAGAAGCAAGCAAGAAAGACACAGAAAAGCAGUUGCAGGAAGCUGAACAGGAAAUGGAGGAAAUGAAAGAAAAGAUGAGAAAGUUUGCUAAGUCCAAACAACAGAAAAUUCUAGAAUUGGAAGAAGAGAAUGACCAGCUUAGAGCAGAAGUGGGCCCGGGAGGCGGGACAUCUAAAGAUUGUAUCGAAUCACUUCGAGUUUCCAAUUCCUGCAUGAAGGAGGAACUAGAAAGGGUGAAAAUGGAGUAUGAAACCCUUUCUAUGGAGUUUAAGGCUUUAAUAACCGAGAAGGACUCUCUAAGUGAAGAGGUCCAAGAUUUAAAGCAUCAGAUAGAAAUUAAUGUAUCUAAAUCCACUAAUCUAGAGGCCACAGAGAAACAUAAUCAGAUGGAUAUCAUUGAAGAGACACAGUCUGUCCUGAUUGAGACUGAGGAGCAAGACUCUUUGAAUGUGAGCACAAGGCCUGAAAAUUUAGGUUUUGUUCCACUAGAAAACAGUACCAAGCCCAAUAUUAGUGAGAACAUUAGCUCACAUGAAAUUAAUAACUACCUACAGCAGAUUGACCAAUUCAAAGAAAGAAUAGCUGAAUUAGAGGAGGAAAACCAGAAAGAAAAAGAAUUUAGCAAGACUUUAGAAAAUGAGAGAAACACUUUGCUGACUCAAAUAGCAGCAAAGGAAGGUGACCUGAAAAUGCUUCAGGAAGAAGUCAUCCAAAUAAAACUGCUAAAUCAGCAAACCCACGAAGAACUUGCCAGAGUGACCAAGCUAAAGGAAGUAGCAGAAGAAGAGAAAGAUGAUUUAGAAGAGAGGCUUAUGAAUCAAUUAGCAGAACUUAAUGGCAGCAUUGGGAAUUAUUACCAGGAUGUUACAGAUGCUCAAAUAAAAAAUGAGCAACUAGAAUCUGAAAUGCUGAAUCUAAAAAAGUGUGUGACUGAAUUGGAAGAAGAAAAACAGCAGCUAGUAAAGGAGAAAACUCAGGUGGAAUCAGAAAUAAGGAAAGAAUAUUUAGAGAAGAUGCAAGGUGCUCAGAAUGAGCCUGUCAGUAAAGGCCAUGCAAAGGAACUUCAGGAAUUGUUAAAAGAGAAGCAACAUGAAGUAAAGCAACUGCAGAAGGAUUGUAUCCGGUACCAAGAGAAAAUCAGUGCUCUGGAGAGAACUGUUAAGGCUCUAGAAUUUGUUCAGAGUGAGUCCCAAAAAGAUUUGGAGAUAACCAAGGGAAAACUGGCUCAGGCAAAUGAAUGCUGCAAGAAGACAGAAACUGAAUUAGCUAGUUCCAGAGUACUAUUAGAUGACACUCAAAGUGAAGCAGCAAGGGUCCUAGCGGAUCACCUCAAAUUGAGAAAGGAACUUCAGUCAAUUAAAGAUUCAGUUAAAAGCCAAAUAAAACAAAAGGAUGAAGAUCUUGAACGAAGGCUGGAACAGGCAGAAGAAAAACACCUCAAAGAGAAGAAGAAUAUGCAAGAGAAACUGGAUGCUUUGCACAGAGAAAAAGUCCAUCUAGAGGAGACAUAUGGAGAGAUUCAGAUUACUUUGAACCAGAAAGAUAAAGAUGUUAAGCAACUUCAGGAAAACCUGGAUAAUACUGUGGCUCAGCUUGCAGCUUUUACUAAAAGCAUGUCUUCCCUCCAAGAUGAUCGGGAUAGAGUGAUAGAUGAAGCCAAGAAAUGGGAGAGGAAGUUCAGUGAUGCAAUUCAAACCAAAGAAGAAGAAAUUAGACUGAAAGAGGAAAAUUGUAGUGUUCUAAAGGAUCAGCUGAAGCAGAUGUCCAUCCAUAUGGAGGAACUGAAGAUCAACAUAUCUAGACUUGAACAUGAUGAGCAGACUUGGGAGUCCAAGGCCCAGACAGAGGUCCAGCUUCAGCAGAGGGUCUGUGAUACUCUACAGGAAGAAAACAAAGAACUUUCCUCCCAGCUAGAAGAAAUACAGCAGCUAUACCACAAAUCUCAGAAUGAACUAGCUAAGUGGGAAUCAGAAUUUAAGAUUCUCAGAGACCACUCAGCUGAUUUAAAUAACUCUUUAGAAAAAUGUAAGGAAGAUGAAGAAAAUUUGAAAGGAAUCAUAAAGCAACAGGAGGCUGAUAUUCAAAAUUGUAAAUUUAGUUAUGAAAAGCUGGAGACUGAUCUUCAGGCCUCCAGAGAACUAACCAGUAAGCUGCAUGAAGAAAUUAACUUGAAAGAGCAAAAGAUUAUAAGCCUUCUUUCUGAGAAGGAACAGGCAAUCCAAGUAGCUGUUGCUGAACUAAAUCAGCAGCAUGAUAAAGAAAUUAAAGAAUUGGCAGAUCUUCUAUUCCAUGAGGAACGGAAUAGUGUCUUAGAUGGAGAGAAUAAAAAAACUGUUCACAAAACAAAUCAGCUUAUAGAAGCAUUGAAAGCCAUAAAAAAUGAAAACAUGCAACAGAAGGCUCAGUUGAAUUCCUUUGUUAAGUCCAUGUCUUCUCUCCAGGAUGACCGAGACCGCAUUGUUGGUGACUACCAAAAGCUGGAAGAACGGCAUCUCUCAGUAAUUGUAGAAAAAGAUGAACUCAUCCAGGAUGCUGCUAGUGAAAAUAAUAAACUUAAGGAAGAAAUUAGAUGCUUGAGAAGUCAUAUGGAUGAUCUCAAUUCUGAGAAUGCCAAGCUAGAUGCAGAAUUAAUCCAGUAUAGAGAAGACUUAAACCAAGUGAUAACAAGAAAGGAUUGUCAGCAAAAACAACUCCUUGAAGCUCAACUUCAGCAGAAUAAGGAGCUGAAAAGUGAAUAUGCUAAAAUAGAAGAAAAGCUAAAGGAAUCUGAAGAAGCAAAGGAGGACCUGCUGGCAUCCUCUCUUGCCCUCCAGGAGGAAAAACAAGGUUUAUCUAAAGAGAUUGAAAACUUGCAGUUGUCUAUAUCCCAACUAAAGAGACAAGUGACAGCCUUGCAAGAAGAAGGUGCUUUAGGGAUAUUUCAGGCCCAGUUAAACACAAAAGAAGAAGAGAUUCAGAAGCUAAGUUCUACGCUUUCCUUCUCUCAGAAGAGAACUGCAGAAUUGGAAGAGGAAUUGGUUCGAGUUCAGAAGGAAGCUGCCAAGAAGGUAGGUGAAAUUGAAGAAAAACUGAAGAAGGAAUUAAAGCAUCUUCAUCACGAUGCAGGGAUAAUGAGAAAUGAAACUGAAACAGCAGAAGAGAGAGUGGCAGAGCUAGCAAGAGAUCUGAUGGAAAUGGAACAGAAACUACUCAUGGUCACCAAAGAAAAUAAAGAUCUUACAGCACAAAUACAGUCUUUUGGAAAUUCUAUGAAUUCCCUGCAAAAUAGUAGAGAUAAUGCCAAAGAGGAGCUUGAUGCACUGAGAAAGCAGUAUGAUGCCAGUCUAAAGGAGUUGGCACAGCUGAGAGAAGAGCGGGGCUCCUUAAACAGAGACAGAGACGUUCUUGUUUCUAAAGCGGCCUUUCCAAUACAUGCCACAGAGGACAGUACCUUCUCUCAUCUUGAGAAACUCAACCAACAGCUUCUGUCCAAAGAUGAGCAGCUGCUUCACUUGUCCUCACAACUAGAAGAUUCUUACAACCAAGUACAGUCCUUCUCCAAAGCUAUGGCCAGUCUACAAAAUGAGAGGGAUCACCUGUUAAGUGAACUGGAGAAAUUCCAUAAGUCAAAGGAUGAAAAGCAGAGAUCUGCAGUUGAGCCCACAACGAGCCCAGCUGAAGUACAGAGUUUAAAAAAAGCUAUGUCAUCACUCCAAAACGACAGAGACCGACUACUGAAAGAAUUGAAGAAUCUUCAGCAGCAAUACUUACAGGUUAACCAAGAGAUCACUGAUUUGCGUCCACUGAAGACUCAACUUCAGGAGUAUCAAGAUAAAAUAAAAACAUUUCAGAUUUUACAAGAAGAACUCAGGCAGGAAAACCUCUCCUGGCAGCAAGAGCUACAUCAGCUCAGAAUGGAGAAGAGUUCUUGGGAAAUUCAUGAGAGGAGAAUGAAGGAACAGUACUUUAUGGCUAUCUCAGACAAAGAUCAGCAGCUCAGUCAUCUGCAGAAUAUUAUGAGGGAAUUAAGAGCUUCUUCCUCCCAUAUCGAUCCCCUUAAAGUACAAUACCAAAGACAGGUGUCCCCAGAGAUAGCAGCUUCCCUUGAUGGGCCACAAAACCUAGUAUAUGAGACAGAACUUCUUCGAACCCAACUCAAUGACAGUUUAAAGGAAAUUCAUCAGAAGGAAUUAAGAAUUCAGCAACUAAACAGCAAGUUCUCUCAGCUACUCGAAGAGAAAAAUACCCUUUCGAUUCAGCUCUGUGAUACCAGCCAAAGUCUUCGUGAGAAUCAGCAACAUUACAGUAAUCUUUUUAAUCACUGUGCGGUCUUGGAGAAGCAGAUUCAAGAGCUGCAAGUGGGACCACUAAAUAUAGAUGUUGCUCCAGGAGCCCCCCAAGAAAAAAGUGGAGCUCACAGGAAGAGCGAUCCUGAAGAUCUGAUGGACCCACAGCAAAGCUUUACUGAAGCCCAGCAGCAGUUGUGUAUCACUAAACAGGAGAUGAAUGAAUUGAGAAAACUGCUGGAAGAAGAACGAGACCAAAGAUUGGCUGCUGAGGCUGCCCUUUCCUUGGCCGAGGAGCAGCUCCAGAGGUUGGAGCACUGUGAGUGGGACUCUGCCCGGACUCCCGUCAUCGGCCCCUGUGGAACUCAGGAGCAGGCGCCAUUAAUAGAUCUUGCAAGCAACAGUUGUCGAAGGACUCGGAGAAGUGCUGGAUGGAAGCGAAUCCUGCGUUCACUCAUUCAUUCCCGGACGAGAGUGCCCGUGCUGGCGACCCUCUACUUUCUGAUGAUUCAUGCCCUGCUCAUUUUAUGUAUCACGGGCCAUCUGUAAACAGUUCUCAUCUUUUUGCCAUCUCUCCUCAGAACUUGGAGUGCCCUUGUGUGGAACAGCAAUUCCCACAGAAGAGUCUUCCUUUUCUAGGUCAUCUCUCAACUCUCCAUGCAGAGUGUCUGCCAACACUAAGGUAGAUGCAGGAAUCAAAUGUUAGAGCUGCAGAAAUCAGCAAGUCUGCUUUCUUCUUCUGCCCAGGAAAUGAAGCCUUCUACAUAAUCUGAAGAGGUCACAUAGUUAGUGAUUGAACCUGACGUUUGUUCAGUCUGUAGGGACCCAACCUCUGUCUGAGAGAUGCUCAGGAAUGUCUGUCAAGCCAAGAAGAUGGUUCCAAUAAAUUCAAAGAUCUGAAGUCCAGAAUCACUUUUUAUUGACACGUUUUUUAACCUCAUUUACCUUAUUUUCUCCUGUCUCAGGAGACGGUCACCCAGCCAUGAACAGAGUUCUGGGGAAGGUUCUCUCAUGUGAUUGCUGACUAGGUCUCUUGCAGUAUAAAUGGGAGUUGACAAACUCCUGCAGGUGUCUCUAUCCCUGCCUGUUCAGGCAUAAUUGGAGUCACUUUGUGGCCUUGGACUGUAAGAUUAGGCCCCACUGCUUGUACACUGAUUGCUUUUGCACUAGGGUGUAUUUAGUGCCCUUUGUUUUUCUCUCACUGAGAGGCAGGAUAAAACAGCUGUGAAUAGGGGCACUCAUAUUAUUGUCAUUCAGAAGACAAAUUACUUAAAUCCAGGACUGAGUCGAAAUCCUGGAUUUAUUUCCAUUUGUGCCUAUUUCCUUCCUUCCUUCCUUCCCGUUUCCUGGUGGUUGUUUGUUGUUGUUCUGUGCUGUGCCUGUUCUCACCACCCAAAGAAGAGAAAACUGGGGACUGACUGAUAAUACUCUAAUUUUUUGUUCUAUGGUGACCAAAUCUUGGUUCUAGCAACCCAGGAACUUUACUGAAUAAUUGUAAAAUAAUAAAAUUAUUUUCAGAA